AAGCUGCUGGUCACCCAAGCUAGAAACCAUGGUGGAUUCCCCCGCUGCUCGUGAGAAGGAGGAGGAGGCGACCUUGCUGCCAGAAGAAUGGCUCAACCUCGCCAUUCUCUGCAAGGCAUUCGUUUCCAAGGCCAUGAACGGCCUGGGCACGCUGGCGACCAUCUGGGCGACUGUUGUCCUGCUCGGUGGAUUCGCGGUCCUCAUUAAAAAGCAGGACUUUUGGUACGUCACCAUCAUCGCUUUCGUCGAAUCAAUCGGGGUCCUGGGUGGUUACGAGGAUCCCACAUACCAAAUUUUCAUACGCACACCAGGAUUGCUGAUAGACGCUUUGAAGUCGGCAGAUAAGAAGGAGCAACAACCCAGUUUGUGGAGAAGAAGAAUCCAGCAUUAUCAACAACAACAACAAAACCAGUCUAGAGGCACGAGAAGAAACAGGCUGCAGGUUAGAAAACAUAAACAUUUUGAGGAGCUGACCAUGUCCAAAAGAUGCCUCGGGGUGGUCAUCCUUGUGGUCAUGCGGCUGGUCGAGAUCGCCGCUGUUGCCAUAUGCAUUGCCGUGUCCUUUGGGCGUCUCAAGAAGCAGGACUACGUGGACCCCAAGGACAGAGACGCGGCGGACCACCAGAACAUCAGGCUGUCCCUGAACAUCUUCUACGGGCUGGUGCUCGCCCAGAGCAUCAUCUUCAUCAUCAUGCGGCUGAGCCCGGAUUCGCUGUUAGGGUUCCACAUCAGAGUCAAGUAUAGAUUAUUUGGGUCGUCCGGCCGAGAAAUAAUGUACCGCUACCUGAGUGAUAACUACCUAGAGUUCAUCACUGGGAAUGUGCGCACCACCCUCAAGAUGAACCUCAUCACCUUCGCCAUGAAGUUGGUGGUGUCUGACUCCACUGUGGAUGACCAGUUGGUUGGGAUCCGAGCCAUGGACCGCAUCCUCAGAUCAGUGGAGUACAACAGCCUGGCCCUCACGAGGCUUCGAGCAUCUCUCGACGCUGACUCUUUGGGGAGGCUGGUCGGGGUGCUAGGCUUGGUUAGGACACCAGACGAGAAGGAAAUGAGAGGCCAUGCUGCAAGAGUAGUUCUCAAACUAGCUCCAGACAUUCCGGUCGACACUUGUCCUCAAGCCAUGUCUCUCAUCUCUUCUUCCCUGGUGGAGACGGCAAGCAACAUGGAUGUGGAUCUCGUCUGGUUUGGCUUGCGCAUCCUAGACAAGCUCACAGAUAACCAACAGAACUGUCGGCAGGCCAAGGGCGACCUCAGUGAUCUACUGCCCAAGAUCAUAGACCUCACCAACCUCAACCAGCGUGGGCGUGGCAGCAGCAUCUCCGACUCUUGGAUUGAACAAGAGAUUAUUCCUCUGCUUGAAAGAGAAGAGGACAUCCCUCCCACUGCCAUACAGAUGAUUGACCAACAGAUUAUUGUUGGCAUGUCGCUCAAAAUCUUGAGCAAGCUGGUUGCCAAGCCUGGUGAUGUUGGGAAGGGCCUCAGGGAAAAGGCCGCAAAAUAUAUGAACCUCCUGACCGACAGCGGGACAAUCUUGGAGCACGUGGGAGCAGCAAGAGUCAUAGCAUGCUUAGCACUGAAUGAAGAUCAAAAGCAAGAGAUUGGGGGAUCACCUCAGAUCAUAAGGAAGCUCAAGGAGUGUCUUCUCUCCAAGGAGCCACACGUAGAUAUCACCAAAGUGGCUGCCAAGUUACUGCUUCUUGAGUACACUACCAGGGAUCAGCUGAACCAGAUUAAGUCGUCCAUCGAGGAGAAGAAUGUUCUGCAAGAUCCAAGCUUCUCUGUACCGACCACGGCCUUCAUAGGAGCACUUGGCCUGGAUCAAAUUUUGCCAUCAUGGAUGCAGAAGCAGCAGAUCGCCGUGCAAGAUCUUGAUCUGGAUGAUCUACUUUCAGCGGAGCAGGAGAACCGCUGUGAGGCGGCUGCCAAAGCACUAAUUGUGCUAACUAGUGGAUGUGAGAAAAAUGCCGCGGCCGUCCUACAAGAGAUCGCUGAGGAUGAGAUGAAGACAAUAGUGGGGAUGCUCUUCCAGGAGGACCGAGAGGAGAAAAGGAGGAGGAUGCAGGCCCGCUUACAGGAACGCAAUCUUCACCCUGAAACGUCGCGGGUAGUCAAGAAGAUAAUCUGUGCUGAGGGUGGAGGGCGCACAAGAAGCCUGCAUGCAAAGCUCCUACAGAAUCUGCGUGCCCAUGGAGUGACAGCAAAUUCUACUCAUCACAUACCAGUAAUAGACGGAGCACUGCCAGAGGUGCUAAAUGCCAUAGUUGAUGAGGUGGCCAAGUUGGAGCGUUCAGCAUGUACCAGUGAAAACUUAUCUCGUAAUGAUGGCCCUUGGGUUGAAUCGGGAAAGGUGCUUGAGAGUUUUAUAGGCCUCACUUUCCAGAUUUGCAAAGGCCUGAAUGCAUGUGGUUUUGCCAAAACACUAGAGGGUACCAAUCUUACUCUGGACACAUUGGUCAUGAAGCUUAACAAAAUACUCGAAUUGUACAAGUAUACAACUACCGAUUUUCCUAGCAUAAGGCGAUCUACACUUGAACUCAUGACCUGGAUGGUACAAAAGAACAGCAACUACAGAGAAAUAUUCCUACAAUGUGGAGUGUAUGAGCAGCUGAAAGAAGUGGCAAACACUGCUGGAAGAGCUGAGAGAUUUGAGCUGUUCCUCUGCGGUGUUGGGGUUGGUGGUAAGGACAUAUCAUGCAUCCCUUCUCUUGUGAGUGAAUUAAAGAAACAGCUUGAGCUCUGCCCCCAUUUCGAACAAAGAUCACACUACUACGGAGCACGUGCAGACACCAUAACUGUUUUGGUCGCCUAACUCAUAUCGUUUCGUUGCUUUUGGCAUGAAGCAUGUCGACUGUGUGUCUAUGGUUGUGAUUUGUAUUUCAAGCAAGAGUAUCUUAAUGUAUUUGUUUAUUGAACUUCAGCUCAUGUCUAAGUGUGGUUGUGGUUUUUGGUCGGUGCAAGUCUAUUGGCAUGAACAAUUGGUGAGCAGCUUCUUUAUUUAGUUUUUCAAAAUUGUAAUUUUUUAUGAAUUCACUGUUUUGUGGAAGCCUUUCAAUAAAAGAAACAAAAUGUUGU